CCACCUAUUUUUAGUUUACAAACAUAAAAUAUGAAAUGAAACAUGACAUCCCUUUGUUAUUUGAAAUCUCAUCUUCAAACAAUAAGUAUGAGCUGUAUUUUGUUGCUACAAAAUGGGGGAAACUUGUGCAAGUAAUGGUGAAAAGAGCAACUGUGAGAAGUGGUACCAGAGUAAUGGCAAAAACAGUGAGACAGUGAUAUUGAUUGGUGUCACACACACUUCAUAAUUUAUAUGUAGUUUGUAGAAUCAAAUAUACUUUAUUGAUGUCGAAGGGGAAAUUGCUUAUUUGCUGAAAAGGUGGAUCAUCCAAGGUGUAAAUAUUAGUUAAUACAAAUGAAAUCAUAAGCAAUAUAAAAUUUAUGAAAAUGUAUACGUAACUGUGAUAUUGUAAGUAGUUUAAAAAUGUGACUAAAUAUAAAAUAAAUAGACAAAAUAACAAGCGCACACUUAUUUUAAUCUAUAAAUGAGUCCAGGAAAAACUUGGAGAAAAGACACUCACAGUCUGGUUAUUGUAUAUGAAAAAUUGUGUAACUAAUAAAUGUGCAGCAGCCAGGUUUGCUAUUUUUUUAACUUGAAGUCAAAGAGGGAAACUUGGAGCCAUAUUGUGAGGCACAGUGAAGAUUAAAAUGAUGAUGAUGGCAGUUUUAUUAGAAAUGUAGAUAAUCUGAGGCAUAAAGGGUAAAAUGAGGUAAUGGUAGGGUCAGAGGCAGGUACUCAGAGGUCCAAGCAGAGGAAUGGCGGCGCUGUACAGCUGUAAGGAGUCGAUCACCAGGGGUAGAGGAAGAGCUACUCCCCCACCAGCUAGUAAGCAGCUUCCAGCCAUGGUAAACUCCAGGAGUUAAGGUAGAAUCCCUUUGUGAGUUUCACAGUAACAAAAUAAACAUUUUCCAACUUGAAAUUUUUGUAACUCCUGUAUGUAUAGUAACAGUUUAUCCAAAAGAGAAAAAAGUGACAGUUUAGGUUGUGCUGGAGGAAAUACCACACAAAACACUAAGAUAAUUUCUUUUGAGGAAAUGCAAAGGUAAAAUCAAAGUUUGUUAAAAAUGACAAUAUAUGUAUAUACCUUGCUUCCACUGAAUAUAAUUUUUCAUUGUUUACAGUUGCCUCGCGGGGGCCAGGGUGGUGAUGGCUAUCCACAGGCCACUGGGAGGAUGGUUGACCAACAGGGAGACCUGCUGGAUUCUUCCAUCCCCCCGAAUCCUGUGUGGUUCAGCCCAACGUUGCUGGAGGAGAUGGACCGGAUCGUUCCUGCGUCUGGCCUUGACGCUCCGAUACCUACAUGUUCUCCGACGAGGAAGAAGAAGACGAGUCCGAGGCGUCGUCCAAUUUCCGAUCCCUCCAAGCUGAAUCCGGUGGAGCGGCAGAUGGAGGGAGCGCCGAGAGAGACCACCACGCCAGCUCGUCGCCAGGCACGGAGUCCGGUCCCCCCGAUGGACGUCGAGGCCCCUACCGAGUCCUCUUCCGUGCCGCUGGAGGACCAUGUCCGGGAUGGGAGCUGCCAGGCUUCUGCGCUGGAACCCGGGAUCAGCGGUCCACCUGUCCUGUCGGUAAGUGCCUCACAUUCUCAAGCCGACAAAAGGUAUGCUGCAUUUUCCCGCAAUCACCAGUGCACAUGCAUGGCACUCACAUUUUUAGCUUACCACAAUGAGGGGUUGCAGUUUGACACAGUGUUGCUUGACAGAGUGAUUGAAAAAGGAGACCAACUUUAUGUCGGCGUUAAACAGCAACUGAUCAGUGAUGGAACGUUUCGUGACAAUCACUUGACAUUUGAAGAGAUGCCUGACCAUGUGUUGACUGACAGGAACAUCUAUGCUGUACACACAACUGGUUUAAGGGUAGGUCAUGUUUUUGCUGGUAGCGGGAGCCCUCAAGGAUCUCGACAAUUGGGUUUGCCUCUUGCCCUGCAACUGGAAUGUCUGUCGGAAAAUGUCACCCAUGCUUUUCUUUUGGUGACUCCAGAGUGCAUUGCAGUUUUCAGGGACAGAAGCGGUCGGUUUGGAGUUUUUGAUUCCCACUCAAGAAAUUCAGCAGGCCUGCCCCAUCCCAGUGGAACUGCAGUAAUGAUGACUUUCUGCAAACUGUCUGACAUGGUCAACCAUCUGCUGAAGCUCUUUCGAAACCGCGGUCCCAAUGCCACCUAUGAGUUUGUGCCAGUAGGUUUUGUCAGGGACAAUGACGACCCUUCUGAAAGGCCAAAUUCUUCUCAAGAUUUGGCCUUUCAGAAUGUUUCACCUGGAGGCCCAAAUGUAAAUCCAACUGUUUUCAAACCAGAGAGCAUCUCUGAAGAGGAAAUGCCUCCUUGGCUUAGGGAAGUCGCAAACGUUUUAGAGGAGACAGCUCCAACUGUUCCAAAUUUGUCAAAAGCAUCAAAAGCCAAGAGAAGAAAGAUUAGAGACAGGGUUAAAGCGCAGCAGGGACAGAAUGUAAAAACAAAAAUAAAAAAAAGUGCAUAUGAAAAAGACAGAUAUAUAAAAUCUCCAACAUUUAGGACCAACAAACUACAGGCCUUAAAAGAAACAUACAUUCUUCAUCAAGCACAGAGGAAGGAUCAGAUCAAAAAUAGAUAUAGGACAGAUGCAUCUUUUCGGAAGAGACAAAUAAAUUACGUUAUGUACAGAUUCAACUUUGUCCGCAGCUUCAGAGCCAAUCAUAAAGCUUACAUGGCUGAGUAUAUAAGGAAACGGUUCAGAGAUGACCCUGUCUUUAGAAACACGCAAAAAGCAUACAUUAGGAAUCGAUUCAGAAACGAUCCAGUCUUCAGAAGUAGACAAAAAUCAUACAUCAGAAAUCGAUUCAGAAACGAUCCAGUCUUCAGAAGCAGACAAAAAUCACACAAUAGGAAUCGAUUCAGAAGCAAUCCGGUCUUCACAAGUCAACACAAAAAAACAAUGCGUGAAUAUAUGAAGGUGAAGUAUCAUAGUGAGUCUGCUUAUCGGGUCAAACAUAAUAAAAAAUGUGCUGCCAACAGAAGAGGAAAACUAUCCAGAGAAGCACUUUCCAAAAAUUUAACACUGCAACAUGCUUUGCGAAUCAGAAGAAAGUACAAACGAAAUGUAGGCUUCCACCUUGAAACUCCACGCCCUCUGAUGAGUGACAAAAUGAAAGCUGCGAUACAAAACUUUUAUAAGAACAUUCAAAACGGACCCACAUAUGUUUGUACCGUGUGCCACAGAGCUCUUUUCCCCAAUCAAGUAAAGCACUGCAAACGAGAUAAAUAUACCAAGAAUAUGUAG